AGUUAAGUAUAGUCUACCUCAAGUAAGAUGGGAGUACUUCAGUUGUUAAUGCAUAUUGUUUUAUUGUCCUUCACUGUUGGAAAAAGCAGAGCAAUGAGUGUUUCUCUGACUGUUGAGGGAGGAGCAAGUCUAAUUGGUGAGCACUGUCCUGGAACUGUCAGACUGUUCUGUGAAGGAGUGCAGCUCACUACUUUGCGUUGGAGUUACAAUGUCACUAACAAAGAAAUUCAUUCAUUUUACCCUGACAGCGUGACCUCCACUCAAAUUGAAUUGAAUUCAGCCUUCAUUUCUGUUGCGUUGAGAGCAGUUUCACAAAAUGGAGCUAACCCAAUUUACGGAAACUUUUCUUCCACUCUUACUCUCGACAUCUCACCGAUUGUGGAUCAGCACAUUAAUGAAAUCAGAUGCGGAGAUCCAGCAAACUACCAGAUGAUCCCUAUUGAUAUUCAGAUAAGACAACAGUCACAACCAAAAGACCCUCAACAAUUCAAUAUUCAAACAUCUGUUGACUUUUCUGCUUAUAUUCUGCUACUAAUUUCAUGGGAACCACCAGUUUUGGUAUGCCCUCAUUAUGGACAGCAAAUCCGCUAUGAGAUCACCUUAACUGGGAGUGAUGAUCGUCAAAUCUUAACAACUAGUGGUGGUGACUGUACAAUGGUGUGCAGGGUCACAUUCACUGUCCCUCACUCCGGAGAUGGUAACUACGUGUUGGAGCUCCAAGCCAUUAACGACGUGGGGAGAAGCUAGUGAUCCUGUCACAGAAAAUGUUUUUAUUGUGACAGACAGCAGUUCCAAUGGAGUUGUAUCUAUCGGAGUGACCGUAGCAACUACAAUUGUUGUAUUCAUAUUCUCUUCUGUACUCGGUUUCGUCAUGGGAGUUGGUGUAUACUAUAUUCUGCUGAAAAAAUUAAAAUUGAAAACAAAAACGGAGACUGAAGUGCAACCGAGAGAGACUGCACCGGAAAUACGAAUACAAGAGUCAAGGGAAAUUGAUCAGGAGGUUGUCUAUUCGAAUCAAGAAACACAACAGCAAAAUGAAGACCUGACUCACUCCUAUUGUGAGGCCGAUGAUCCAAUAAAAGGAACUGGUGUUUUUACAAAGUUGAGUGGAAAGUUAUUUCCUAACGAGUCUUGUGUAGAGUCAAAGAAGCAACGUUCACGACCAGAUGAGGAAAUGAGAUUGAAAGCUAACUUGUCGUAUGGUGAAGUGAGAAGUAGUGGAGCUACAAAGGUGAAAAUGGAAACGAAUCAUUCGUAUGGUUUGGCAAGAGAAACUUCUGACCUGGAUAAGAGAGUGGAGUAUGAUUACGUUGACAAUGAACUGUUCGGACAUUGUAAAUAGAGUCUCAUAAGUAAACCUCUUAACACAUAAUUAUCAGCACAUGCAUGCAGUGUCACAAACUCUCCAAGUUAACAAUGAACCAGUUAUAUCAAUAGUUAUUGUAUAGUACCUCACGCUUUGUCAAUUUUGAACAACACACUUGCAUACAUAGUAACAAUGCUUGUUCAAUACACAUCUCAUAAGUUUUAUACUCAAAAUUCUCUUUUAAAAUUUAUUUAAUGGUUUAUAAUUCAUUAACAAUCUUCUUCAAUGCGAGCUCUUGAAUUGAUCCCAG